AUGUUGAGUGCAGCACAGUACGAAGCUUUGAAAUUCUGUUUGCUGUCUGUUAGAAGUCGUUCAACUAACGAUGCUUAUGGUACAAUGACAUUUAUUUUUACAAUUCUUUUUGUUGUCGUGGCCAAUGUAUUGCUUUUGAAUGUUCUGGUUGCUUUAUUCAAUGUAACAAUCACACGAGUAAACAAAGGUGCCCACGAAUCAUGGUCAUUUCAUCGUUUUUUGUUAGUUGAAGAAUAUCGUAAAAAAUCACCAUUUCCACCACCAUUCAACGCAAUUCACUAUUCAUUGGAUCUUACAGUUGCAUUUAUUGAAUUUGUAACACCAUAUGUAGUCAAAGCAUUUGGAGUCUUGAAACCAGAAAAAAGCAGUAAGUCUUCAAAAUCAAAACUCGAUUUUGUUGUUCCCAUACAUCAUCAAGCGAGAUCGGAAUGUUAA